AUGGAAACGAAUUACAACGUCGAAAAUAACUCAGCGAGCCUUCAUACGGGAAAGACACUUGCGAGCUGGACGAUAUGCGACCAAUUCAUUAGCAAUUGGGUUUCGUCUUGUAGGGUUAAAGAUCGUGCUCUCCCAGCUUUACAAGAAUUGCCUUUAAUAAGCAAUGCUACUGAUGUCGGUAUUUUGCACAUUGAAGCUAUGAAAAGAUGGUAUCAAAAAGAUAAAGAUGCGUCGCAUAAAGCAUUUAUUGUUGCUGAUAAGUUUCAAAACGGAAUGUCCACAAAUGCGAUACAAGAAAAUAAUGUUGGAUAUCUAUGUGCUAUUGAUAAAGAAAAGGAAGACCUUCUUGAACAUCGGAUGAAUCUUCUUGAUGAAAAGAUCAUGUAUGGUACACUUCAUGGGACAUAUAAAAAAGCUUUGCGAAAAGCUUUACAGACGAAGACAGAUUCAUUACGCUUGAUCAAAAUUCUAGAGGAUUUUGCCAAUGAGGAUAGCGAAUUUGAAUCUGAAGACGAAAGAUUAGGUGAGGAAGAAUUUGACGAGAGUGACAAGGAGAAUAUAAACCCAUUCCAGCUAGGAAAUCCAAAAAUAAGGCGUGGUAAAGGAAGACCGGCGGGUACAAGAAGGUAUAAAGCAUCGAAUGAGAAGGAUCAGAGCGAAAAAACAAAGCAACGAAGGUGUUGCAAGAAAUGUGGCAAUUUGGGACACUAUCAAAAGAAUUGUAAUGCUUAGUUCUUUAGUGAAUAAAGAUUCUUUAAUGCUUUCUUUACUGUUAAUCGUUCUUGAAUGCGCUUUGACGUAUGCGC